AUGUCGACCCACACAGAAAAGGACUUCGAGGCGGACCUGCCCGACAAGGACUAUCUGGCCCACGCCAAUGCGGCCGACUCGACAUGUCCAUCACCGUCGGCAUCGUCAUCAUUGCCGUCUGCGCCCACGCUGGUCCCCGGACGACUGUUCAUUGGCGGCCAGGGUGUGGCGGAUGGAUACACCGAUGCAGACCGCACUCGGGCCGCCUUCCAGUUUGACGACACCCUCGGCACCAGGCUGUACGACACGGGCGACGUUGCGCGGCAUCUUCCAUCGGGCGAGCUCGAGUUCCUCGGACGAAAGGACCACCAGGUCAAGAUCCGAGGCCACCGCAUCGAGCUCGAGGAGAUCACCCAUCAACUCCACCGCAUCCAUGGUGUCCGAGAGUGCGCCGUCGACGUGGUGAGCGGCAACCUGGUGGGCUUUGUUGCUCCUGUGCACACCAUGCCACCCGUUACGCCCUAUGGCUCCUUUGACCUGAUCAGUGACGACUUCGACCGCCUGGGCCACAAGGCCACCUUUGCGACUCGGAGCAGCAUUGAGCACCUCUCCCGUGUCGACGGUGGACAAGCACUGCCCAUUCCCGUCUCGGACCGCCUGGUCGCCAUGCGGGAGACACGAGCGAGCCACUACCUCUUUGAAACCGACUCGCCCUCCCUUGACGCGCUUUCGUCCAUCUUCAACGAGGCGCUCGCAGAGUUCCGCUCUGGGGUCCCGAGCGGGGGCUACAAGCAUCACCACCCUUCCCCGGGAGCACCAUACAGCAUCGGCAUCCUGCUCCACUGCAACGGCAUCGACGGACUCGCCAACGGCUUCUGGGCCGCCGACGACAAGGCGGGCGAGCUACAACUGCUUGUUGCCGACGACACGGAUGGAGAGGCACGGCAGGAAGCAGGAACUCGGCAGCUGUUCUUCUUCAGCCACCUACCUGCCGUUGCACUUCUCUACGGCAGCGCGACCACGGAUCUCGUCGCCUGCGAGUACGGUUACUUGCUCGGUGCCAUGGGCCAGGAGGCGAGGAGAAACGGGCUCUCACUUCACUUCGAACGUGCAUCGGAGGAGCGGGGCCUCCACUUCAGGCCACUCGGCCUAUCCCCUACCGAUGAUGUUGUGCUUGGCAAGGUCACACUAGUCGCCGGCCACACAAGCGCAACGGCGUCUGACCCUGCUGUCUCGGUACAGGCCGGGCGUGUGGGAAGCCACGACUAUGGCGGAGAACUGCAAAAACUUGUUCCCAAGCACGGUGUCGCCUGGUCCGCCGCGGAUCAGCCCGUGGCCUUCCACCACAAUGCGGAGCUGCUGCAGAGCGCCACAGUCAUUGUGACGAUGGCAGUGUCUGGAGACGCAGUUGCUGCAGGAGCGCUGGCCCAGACGCUGAUGGACAAGAGUGCGCCUCAUCUCGUCGGAUGGACACAGGUGCCGUGGAUGGACCCGACGUGGGAUGCCUCCUUUGCCGCCUCGUACCAGAGGAAGCCGAAAAUCAUUCUCGUCGGCGGCACGAUUGCCCGCAGCACACCCAGCGACCCGUCUGCCCAGACCAGCCUGGCCAUCGUCAACCGGAGACUGUCCCUGUAG